AUGAAUUUCCGAAUCACCAGGAUCUUCCCACAAAGACCGCACGAUUCGUUUGGCUCGAUGAUCUGGAACUGGUCUUGCUGGAACUCCUUGAUCUGCUUGUUGAUCUUCUCCGAUUGGUUGAGCGAGGCAGUCAUCUCCAAGGACAGAGAGUCCAUCUCCACGGCCAGAGUCUCCAAAGAUUGCACGACCUCUUCUUUGAAGUCGUCAAUGACGACAAAGUCUGGGAAAAGAGGCAGCAGGUCCUUCAUUGUGAGCAGAUCGCAUUUUUCCAUGAGAUAUUUCAAAACGCCACGGAUCUUGUUGCCUUCGCCGAUAUCCAGCUCCAACGGCUCGUUAGUGACAACCUUCUUGAUGAGAACCUCAGCCACACGGACCCAGAGUUUCUUCCGCUCUACCGGUUCUUUUGGCUUGUCUGCAACCAAUAAGGCGGAUUCCAGCAAAUCUUGA